AUGACGGUCAUGACGGUAACAGUUAGCACGAUUUGGAAUUUAUUUUAAACUAUUUUAAACUGCAUUAAUCAUAUUUAACUGGUGAUAAUUGUGAGAUUUUCUUAGUAAUUAUCAAGAUUAUAGUUUCUCCAAUGAGCCGCCGCAAAUCAACUCACGUUCGCCAGUUGGUCGCCGAUUCGCCGACGAUUGUCUUUAGUUCUGGGGAGGAAUCUUCCCCGAGAUCUCGCAGCAACCGAAAACAAGAAACCGUAAGUAAACAAACAGCAACCAAUGAUGGUUCUUUGGAUGCAAAGGAUAUGAAUGAUGGAUUUAUAGAGGAAGUAGAAGCACCAGUGCAGAAUAAUGGCCCUAGACGCUCGAUGCGGCAUCGGUCACCCAAUAAACGAUACACCGAGGGGUACGUGAAAUCAACACGACAUAAAGCCAGGGAGCAUGAUUCCGAAGAAGAUAACAGUCAUGCGGAAUCGGCUACAGACGAUGACGACCAAAUCGACGAUCUGGUGGGUAAAGUCAAGGCGACGGCAUUGUUCGAAGAACGAAUGGAUGUUGAGGGGCAGAAGAUGUACGGUUUCAAAACGCCGCGCAAACGAGGCUCGAUGAGUGUACUGGCGUCUAGUGUCCACCGGACGCCUACCGUUGCUACACCAACAGGUCGAAAAAGCAUUGGUGGUAGGCUGGUAGGAACGCCGAAAACCCCUACAACGGCCGGAAGGGGCAAGAGCAAGAUGGAACUGGUUAAAACGCCCCACCGAGUUCGGACCAAACUUAAGAAAGAUAUCAAAAGAAUGGUGCAACACGAAUCUGGUUCGGAUUUUACAGCUAGUGAUAGUGAUUUUGUUCCGUCCUCAGAGGACGACGAUGAUGAAGAAGGGGAGGAGGAUGAUCAGGAAGCCGAUGAGGAUGAUGAAAUUGAUGCUAAGCCAAAGCGGCCCGUUAUUCGAAAUCAGUUAGGAUCCAUAGGCAUUGGUACACCUGUGAAAGCUUUGCCAACAACGCCAACACCUACUGGUCAGCGUGUAAGCGGUCGAAUUCGAAAUCGUCAGAAGUCUAAUUUGGAUUAUGUUCUGCAAAGCGAUGACUAUUUUACAUCACACAGUUCAUCAAAAGUGAUCACCUCAGAUUCCACUUUGGAUCGAUUAAACACUCCCCGUCUGCCACACGAUCAGCUUUUCCGAUUGUUGAAAGAAUUUCGAGGUUCCACGGAGCACCAGAAAGCCAUCCAGGGCCUGCAUGAGGAAUACGAAAGUCAUUUCACUAAGUGGCUCUUCCUCAUGAACGAAGGAUUUAACAUCCUCCUAUUUGGAUUGGGAUCCAAGCGGAACCUUCUGCAAUCCUUCCACCGCAAAGUACUGGCCAACCAGCCAGUCAUAGUGGUGAAUGGAUUUUUCCCAACGCUCACUAUCAAAGACAUCUUGGACGCAAUCACCGGGGACGUAUUGGAUCUCAAUGUCCACAGUGCCAACUUUCACGAGCUAGUGGACAUCAUCGAGGAAGAGUUUAGCUACCUGCCGGACACGCACCUUUUCCUGAUCGUUCACAAUCUGGACGGAACCAUGUUGCGAAACGGCAAAGCUCAGAACAUUCUGGCUCGUUUGGCCAAUAUCGACAACAUUCACCUGCUGGCGUCGAUAGAUCACAUCAACACGCCAUUGAUCUGGGAUUCAUCCAAGCUAAGCUACUACAACUUCUCCUGGUGGGACGUCACGACGAUGCUACCGUACUCGGACGAAACGGCCUUCGAGAACUCUUUACUGGUGCAAAAUUCCGGUGCCUUGGCGCUGUCCUCGAUGAAGAACGUGUUCCAAUCUUUAACGUCCAAUUCACGCGGUAUAUUUAUGGCUAUCGUGCGAUACCAGCUGGCCAACAAGGGCAAUCCGCACUACCCGGGGAUGCUGUUCAAGGAGCUGUAUUCUAACUGCCGGGAGGCAUUCCUGGUCAGUUCGGAUCUGGCUCUGAGGGCCCAGCUGACGGAGUUCAUCGAUCACAAACUGGUCCGGGUGAAGCGGACCGUUGACGGGGCGGAGAAUCUGCUGAUUCCGAUCGAGCACGGUUUGCUGCAGCAGUUUGUCGAGGAGAAUGAAGACAAGUAGGUACGUUGGAAGGUAAGUACGAUUGAGGGUUUGUUAAAAGUUACAAUCUUUUUGCUAAGGUAAUUAAAUGUGUUUGUGUGUGA